AUGGGGUUCCUCGAUGGCUUCAAAGCCAAAUUUCGCAAAGAGGCAGAUGUAACCGGAGAAAACACUGAGCACAACACUGAGCACAAAAAUGUGGCACCCAAUGAUGACACCCUUUCCCAGUCUGGAGGUCAGACUUCAAAGCCCUCCAGUGAAAAAGAGAGCACUCUAGUAGAUGAGCCUUUGAUGAGAAAUUCGACUCCCAAUGAUGACACCGAGAAAGAACUUGCGAGCCGUGACACUCCAACGCCUGUUCACAACGACUCCAACAGGGAACUGGUCCCCAAGGAACCAUUGGACAAGCAGCCAACACAAGAAGAGAAAAAAGAGGACGGUGACGCCGAAACGCCGGAGGAUGAGGAAGAAUAUCCAAGCGCAUGGAGAUUGACUUUGAUCAGCAUUGCUCUCUGUCUAUGCGUGUUCUGCGUGGCAUUGGACAACACAAUUAUUGCAACAGCAAUUCCCAAGAUCACCGAUCAAUUCAACUCACUCGAAGACGUCGGCUGGUAUGGAAGUUCAUAUCUCCUGACAACAUGUGCCGUGUCCCUGAUGUUCGGCAAACUCUACACAUUCUACUCGAUCAAGUGGAUAUAUCUCAGCGCGCUCUUCAUUUUCGAGAUUGGUUCGCUCGUCUGCGCUGUCACUCCCACCUCGGUCGGACUUAUCUGCGGCCGAGCAAUUGCCGGACUCGGAGCAGCUGGUCUUUUCUCGGGCUCUAUCCUCAUCAUCAGCAAGAGUGUACCCCUGGUCAAGCGACCUAUGUAUACGAGUCUCAUUGGAGCGAUGUUUGGCAUUGCUAAUGUAGCCGGUCCUCUUAUGGGAGGCGCAUUCACCGACCACCUCACUUGGCGUUGGUGUUUCUAUAUCAACUUGCCUAUCGGAGCAGUGACUUUCCUCUUCGUGCUGUUUUUCUUCCAAACGCCUAAAGCCAUCAUGAAGAAGAACACCUUGAAGGAACAGAUCAAGGAGCUGGACCUGAUCGGUUCCCUCUUUUUCCUGCCCUCUAUCAUCAGCUUGUUGCUCGCGCUGCAAUGGGGUGGCACCAAGUAUGCAUGGGGCAGCGGACGCAUUAUCGGCCUAUUUGUGGUCUUUGGCGUCCUCGGUCUCAUCUUCAUCGGCGUCGAGAUCUGGGCCGGGGACCGCGCUACCGUCCCGCCGCGCCUGAUCAAGAACCGUAACGUUUGGGGCUCGGCAUGGUAUGCCCUUGCUCUUGGUGCUGCCUUCUUCGUAUUGACAUUUUAUCUCCCUAUCUGGUUCCAAUCGAUUAAGGGUGCAACCGCCUUGAAAUCCGGAAUCAUGAACCUGCCCAUGAUCAUCGCAGUUGUGGUUAUCUCUAUUCUGGCUGGUGGCCUCGUCACCGCCUGCGGAUACUAUACUCCCUUCAUGAUCGCCUCGGCCGUCAUCAUGACCAUCGGCGCAGGACUCCUGACGACCCUAGAGACAGACUCAAACCACUCUAAGUGGAUUGGAUACCAGGCAAUCUUUGGUAUCGGUCUGGGUCUGGGCAUGCAGCAGCCCAUGAUCGUCGCUCAAACUGCCCUGAAGGUCGAAGACAUACCCAGUGGCACAGCUAUCGUCAUGUUCGCCCAGACUCUUGGUGGCGCUAUUUUUGUCUCCGUCGGGCAGAAUGUGUUCCAGAACCAGCUCCACCGGAACUUGGCUCAGUAUGCGCCUGACCAGGACGCUGCGAAGAUCGUCUCUGUUGGCGCUACUAUGCUCCGAACUGUUGCCAGUGGUGAUGCCCUGCACCGUGUCCUAAUUGCCUAUAAUGCCGCUAUUGUGCAGACAUUCUACGUUGCUGUCGCCAUGGGCGCAUUGUCGCUCGUUGGGCCCAUCUUCGUUGAGUGGUUGUCUGUCAAGGGCAAGAAGGUCGAGGUGGCCCCUGUUUGA